GGCUCAAGCACAUGGCGGGCUUCGUCUAAAUUUGUCACCGUCCCUAUGAGAGUUUUGAGGGUCCAGGCGACGACUUUGCAGGUAUGAGCAGCUGCAUCCAGAUCACAGAGGGUAUGGUGCCGGGCAUCAAUCGCCUCGCGCUCAAGGGCCACAUGGAGCAGUUCGGUCAGGUGGACCUUGUUCACAUGGGCAAUCGGCAAAACCCCGAGGAGGAGCCGCCAAAGGUUCGCUUCUCCACCCCCGAAGCUGCGCAGAGGGCGCUGGACGCCAUCAAUGCGGGGCAGGUGGUGAUAGAUGGAAUGCUGCUGAAGGCGCAGUUCAUGCAGGGCAAGGGCCGCGGCAGGGGGCAGGCGCCCACGCCGCACGAGAGGAACUUGGAAGUGACCAGCCGAGACCUCUUCCUGGAGCGUGAACGCGUCAAGAAUCAGGCCCGCUCUGAGCGGAGCCGCAAAGAACGAAGCCGAAGCCGGGAUCGCAGCCGCCGGCGAAGGAGACGGAGCAGCGACAGCAGCCGGUCGCGGCGCCGCAAGAAGAGCGGCAGCCGGAGCCGCGGGCGGAAGUGAGAGAGGCGGAACAUCGCCAGGCUCGAGCAGUGGCUCGCUAGGGCAGUGGCCGUCGCAAAAACUGCGACCGAGGAAACACGGCAUAGGACCGGAAGGGCGCCGCAGUGAUGUUAUGGGAUACAUGCAAAAAGACGCGAUUGAA